AGAUGGAAUGUCCAGUCAAAUUUGGUCUAAUGAUUUAACGAAAGGGAGUGUAAUGUUCAUAAUAAAUUUUAGGGUAAAUUGUUAUUGAUUUUUAAUUUAAACUUAUUAUUGAAAUUACAAUUUUUCUCACAUGUAGCAGCAAGAAACAAACUAACAAUAUACUAGCAUUUAAGAUUUAUCCAAUAUAGAGAAUGAGAUAAUGAAAUGGCUUUAAUUAUUUGGGUGGGGAAGUGACAUGGCUGUAAUUAAACCAUGUGGCAUUGCCACAUAAGUGACAUGUACCAUUCUGUGCACUUUACUACGUGCGUUAUAUGUGCACUACCGUCUCUUUUUAAAAAAUGCAUGUGAGAGUGUGUAUAUAUAUAUAUAUAUAUAUAUAUAUAUAUAUAAACAGAACUGAAGAGUGGAGAAGAUAGAAAAGAAAGAAAGAAAGAAAUGGACGCAGAAGCAGGCGGGUUUGUGAAAGGCUGUGAGCAAGGCGUACACAAUCGCAUGUCUGAUAUUUGUCAAAUACAAAUAACAAAAUGGUACUUUCGGAGAAGAAUCAGGAAAUUGAAGACGAGAAGAAGAAGAAGAAAAUAGAGAAGGCAAGGGAGAAGGAAUUGAAAAAGCAAAAGGCUUUAGAGAAAGCUGCUAAACUGCAGGUGCAACAAACAUCAACUAAUAGAAAAAAGAGUGAAAAGAAAAUGGUGAAGCGUGGGGGGAAGGAAGAGAAUUCUGAGGACUUUCUUGACCCUGAAACACCUUUUGGCAAGAAGAAAAGACUGUCUAGUAAAAUGGCAAAGCAGUACAGUCCUACUGCAGUUGAGAAAUCGAAUGUGUUGUUUUUCUUUUAAUCUCUUCCUGUAUGAAAUUGAUCAUAAUUGAAACUUUUGUACUAUUUUCAUCCUUGAUUUUGCUAAUCUAGGUGGUAUGCAUGGUGGGCGAAAUCUGGGUUCUUUGUUGCAGAUGUGAAGAGCUCCAAACCCCCAUUUGUUAUCCUGAGUUUCUUUCUGGAAUUCUUUAAAAAAUUUCUGGAAUUAUAAGAACAUUUUCAUUUGUAAUGUUUUUUGUUUUCCUAUCACAAAGGAAAUUUUGAAAAGAAACAAAUAGUGACUUUGGUGUGAGUUAGAUUUGAAAACAACUUUCAUGUGCAUCUUGGGUGGUUUUUAACAUCUCUAGAAUAUUGAAGAAUAUGGUUAAAAUUUUCUGAGAAGCAAGCCAAACUAUUGAUAAGGGCUAGUAUAUUUUUGCAACUGACUGGGAUACAAAGAAAAUCUCAAGUAGUGAUGCAAUUAUGACAAUGACGAAUUGAAGCCCAGCUCCUAGGAUUUUGGUUGCAAUGUAGGAUGAGGCUGUAAAUUGGAGGGAUUUGAAUAGCGGAGAUGAGAAUAGUAACUAAUGUGGAUGAGACUGAGGAAUAGUUCCUAUGAUUUGUUUUCUGCCUGUGUCUAACAAGAAGUUUUGUUGGAAAACAACCAUCUCUUGUAAAAUUUUACUCAAUUCAUUGUCUAUUAGUUUAUUAGGAUUUGAGUUAUGACCAGUUAAGUUUGCCCAUACAUUCUGGCCAUUUGAGUUUUUGGUAUUAACUCUCUGUUUAACUCCUAGGAAGUAUGAAUUGGUUAUGUAUGUAUGUAAAAACCUAAAUCUUGAGAAUUUAUCCGUUUGAUAAAUGCAUUAUAAUCUUACCUAUAAAAAAAAUGAAUGCAUUAUAAUCUUGAGAAUUCUCAUAAGUAGAACUGUACAAAUGUAAAAGAAAUGUAUGA